AUGGACUAUCGGUCCCAGUAUCUCCAGGGCAAUGCUGACCCUUUCAUCAACCUCAACCCCACAAAUGUCAUCUUGGGGUCUCAUGAUAUUGCAUUUCAAGAAAAGACACAGCAGAAUAUUCCUGUGAAAAAAGCCAUCUGCCACCUGCAGCAUAACAAUGUGCCUUAUGGCAAUGGCAUCAUGAUAUUACAACUGAACACAAAGGCCCAACUGACUGCAGCUGUGGGCCUGCUCUCCUUAUCUGGAGAAAGUGACCAUGUGAGGCCUGGGCAGGUGUGCAGUGUGGCUGGCUGGGGCAAUAUCUCUAUGAAUAAACAAACAACCAAGCUGCAUGAAGUGGAUCUUAUCAUUCAGGAGGACUUCCAGUGUGAGAGCCACUAUGUGAAUUAUAACAGGACCUCUCAGUUGUGCGUGGGAGACCCUCAGAAAAAGAUGUGUUCCUUUAAGGGAGACUCUGGAGGUCCCUUGGUUUGCAGAAAUGUGGCCCAGGGCAUUGUCUCUAAUGGAAGUGUAAAAGGAACACCCCCACGUAUCUUCACCAAAAUCUCCAGUUUCUUACCCUGGAUAAAGAAAACAAUAAAAGGCCUCCAACUGGAAGAAUCACCCUGA